CAGUCUCAUCUUUCGCUAGCCAGACUCUAUGUACUAAUAUAAUUAAAUAACCAUACCCUUGUUGCUUCACCAGACCUACAAUUAUAGAGCAAAGUCUAUCUGUCAAUACACUCUGACAUUGGCAAUCCUCGAAACUGCUAAGAAGAAGAAGAAGAGAACACGAAGUGGACUGUAGAAUUUGAACGGAACACAAAGUAUUUUCAAAAUUUUUAAAUAAAAUUAAAAAUACCUAUCUAAAACUUGAAUAAUUUUCUACAAUAACGUUACAAAUUUAUAAAAUUAUUUGAAAAUAAAGUGCAAACAAAUUAUUUAAAUUAACCGCUAGUAUUCAUAUUUACAUUUUAGUUGCGAAUGUAAAGACGAAACACCUGCUAAUCUUAUUGCAAAGUGGAGCUAAUUCUAAAUGCAACUUAUAAGUUGAAUUCAUAAAAUGGAAACGCUCCCAUUAUCGACAGACAAUGUUAUGGAUCAGGAUGCAAGAGUUGAUACAAAUAAUGAGGAAAGCAACCAACCGGAUACUCCAAUGAAACAAGCAACUGCUACAAAUAAUGAAGUAAUCAAUGCUGACAUACCCAAAACACCAAGCCAGAGAACUGACAAUGUACCAUCUACCCCUCAAAUUUUGUCUAACCACCUCACCGGAGAAGUAACUCUUACUCCCACACAUAGAACUUUUACUCCCCAAGCUGUAAAUCCACAUAGUUCUAUGACAGCUAUAACACCUGUUGCCAGUGCUGUCAGUCAAGCUAAGAGUAGUAUAAAGUUGCAAAAUUGUGUAUCAACAGUGAGCCUUGGUUGUGAUCUGAAGUUAUUAGAUAUUUAUUGCAGAACAAGAUUUUCAGAAUAUAACCCUGCCAGAUUUCAUGGGGUUGUGAUGAAAAUAUUGGAGCCUCGCACAACUGCCUUAGUAUUUAAGUCUGGAAAAAUUGUUUGCACCGGAGCUAGAAAUGAGCAUGAUGCAUAUGUAGCAGCAAGAAAAUUUGCCAGAAUAAUACAAAAAUUGGGCUUUCCAGCAAAAUUCUUGAACUUUAAAAUACAGAACUUCAUUGCAACAGCUGAUUUACGGUUUCCAAUAAGGUUGGAGGCGCUGCAACAAGCGCAUGGGCAAUUCACAUCGUAUGAGCCUGAGCUUUUUCCAGGGCUCGUGUAUAGAAUGGUACGACCGAGGGUGGUACUCUUAAUAUUUGUGAACGGCAAAAUGGUCAUAACAGGGGGCAAAACAAGACAAGAAAUUUAUGAGGCUGUUGAUAUUAUACACCCCAUACUGAGAAGUUUCCGAAAAACGUAAAAUAUGCUCAUUAUUGUUAUACUUUUUGUACUUGUGACAUUUGUUAAACUUAAUUUAUAAUUGAAAUAAAUUUAUGAAAUGUAA